AUGGCCAAGAUCGGUCCUCCACCAGAAAAUGCUGGUAAUAACCAGCCUUCAACUCUCUACUCGCUUGUCAUGACACCAAUCAAUAUCACUGUAUUCCUCCUCUCACUUCUUCUGGUCGAUUUUCGUCAUACUGCCGGUCGCAAUAACUUCUACGCUACGGGUAGCGAGCAGGCAAGAUGGAUGCCUCGAUGGCUUCUCCAGCCCUAUCAACAUAUUGGACAUAGCGACCACGAUGCUCAUGGUCGCUGGCAUUAUCACAGCAAGCAGAAGAAGCUCAUGAAGAUGGAAGCAGAAGAGGCCUUUCAAAUGAGGUCCACCGUGCUCGUCUUCAUGGCAGUGGCUCUGGCUCUGGCCACGAGCGCCGUGUGGCUCGCGACAAGCAGACUGUAUCACGGUGUCACUGCUCUUGUUGAGCAUCAGAGUAACAAUCAAACCACCCCGCUGCUUUCGGGGGUGUGA